GGCAAUAAUAAAUUUCAAAUUGGGAGCUUCAAAAUUAAACUCAGCUGUCGUCGUCCAGUCCUAACAAGGUCCUGAAAGAAAGAAAGAAAGAAAGAAAGAAGUGAAGGAUGGGGUUUGUGGAUCAUAUUGCAGAUAUGUGUGCAGACAUCGAUACAUCCAAAAUAAAGACCAAAAAACGAAAGCCUAUGCAGACAGUGGAAAUCAAGGUGAAAAUGGACUGCGACGGAUGUGAGAGGAGAGUGAGGAAUGCAGUUUCCUCCAUCAAAGGGGCUCGGUCUGUGGAGGUGGACAGAAAGCAGAGCCGGGUGAGCGUGAGCGGGUACGUGGAGGCGAAGAAGGUUCUAGAAAAGGUACAGAGGACGGGGAAGAAGGCGGAGAUGUGGCCGUACGUCGAGUACAAGCUGACCGCGUACCCCUACGCGCCGCAGGCUUACGACAAGAAGGCUCCCGCCGGCUAUGUCCGGAACGUGGCGCAGGCGUAUCCGGCCACUCCCAAUGCCCCCGUCGACAAAUACACCAACCUUUUCAGCGACGACAACGUCGACGCCUGCUCCAUCAUGUGAUAUGACGUCGUCUCAUCAAUCCGUUAUAUACUACUGUCCGUACACCUUAACUUAAUUUUUUAUUAUUUGUUUUAUUUUAUUUUAUUUAAAAAAAAGAAUACAAACACUAUAGGGUUUAGUUCGUUUACAUGUUGUUGCAUGUACUCUAGCUAGAGGUUUUCAAUUCGAGUCUUUGUACAUUUUUUGUUUAAACGAGAAGAGUUCUAUAAUUUUGAAAAUUUAGAAACAUUAAUAUAUUUGAUAA